UGUCGCCAAAGACAAAAAUAAGUCACAGACGUAGAAAAAGAAAGAGACAAAGCACUUUGUUAAACAUGCUAGUUUGUUGCAACAAAAUAACGUCGUGCUUGAAUCUCGGAAGCAGCGCGUUAAAAGUGUCUGUUCAGCCAGGUGGUAAGAAGCCAUCAUGCCAGACUGGAUCAGCGUGUGUCUGAUCUUUCUGAGUCUGUUAAGUCUUUUCUCAGGAGCUGCUUACAUUCUGUACUCCGGGCUUCUCUCAGACAUCACAGUGCUCAGCGGCUCUCCCCCCGUCAAAAAGAUUACAUUUGCCUACAAGUUUAAGGAAGGACCCUACAAAAACUGCGGACAACUUUUCAAGGAGUCUCACUGUAUUGCACCGGGACUUUCCUGUAUCGGAGUGUUUUAUGACGAUCCCAAAAAGGUACCUGGGCCGCUUUGCCGCUAUGCUGUUGGCAGCAUCCUGAGUGAAGGAGAAACCAAGGCCGACCCAGAGCUUUUAGAGCGCUAUGAGACUUCUGGCUUUAAUUUCUUCACCUUUCCUCAAGUCACACAUGUGGUCACUACCUCGUUUCCCUUCCGGACAUCUCUCUCCGUCCUCCUGGGAGUGCGGAGAGUGUACCCUCGACUGGAGAGCUACAUCAAGGAAAGGCGACUGUGCGCACACCCAUUCCUGGAAAUCUACACAAAGGAUGUGAUACACUUCAUGGCCCCGCUGGCCCGUCAGGCCGAUUUCUACGUGCCUGAAUUCAGGCAAGUCGAAAGAGGAGUGCCAGAGGAGUCGCACAGUGACACCGAUGUCUCAGGUGCAGACUCCAACAGCGAGUGCAGCUCGGGGAGCGGGGUUCUCCUGUCAACCAGCAGAGAGACGUCACCGGCGCCGUCCUCGCUCCACUCCACGCCCGUGCGGGUUCAAGAGCGCGGCGGGGAUUACACAGGGAGACGCUCUCGUAAAGAGCCGGGCUGGGAUCCGGACGAGAGAGAGGAGCCACUCGACCGAGACUCGCGGGAGCACAAGAGCCGCGAGGAUCCCUCUCAGGAGUGGUGGGGCGUCGUCGGUGGAGAGGAGUGAAUGCUUAAGACAUGCCGAGAACAAGAAACAACCGAUGGAGAUGGCAGUCUAAUGUUUUAUGGUUCUGGUUGCAGUUUAUAUUUUUGUCAAGAAAAAAAAAGUUUAUAAUGAAAAGACUUUCCAUCACUGCUUUUAUCACUGAACUAGAUCAUUUUCUGUAAUUGCUGCGUUGUAAUGUGUCACAUGUUAACCUGUGCAUUUGAAGGAGAAUGUGGUCAGUUAAAAUCAAUCCACAUGAAGACUGGAAGCUUUCCCCACACCGUGGUGUAGUGGUUUGCACUCUCACAACAUGAAAAUCCACGGUUCGAGCCCGGACUCUGGAGUUUUCAUGGUCUCUCGCUGCCUCUGUCCCAAUAUUCCACUCUCCUCUCCAGUCUGGAAACUAGGUUUAUAAAAAAAUGUUUGUGAGUGUGAUCGAUGGACUACAGGAUGGAUGGAUUACCUGAUUUUAGUCAAAUCAAAAGAACCCUUUUCCCACUUCAGUCAUGUGUUUUGGUGUUCUGCUAUAUAACAGUCGUGUGUCACUCUUCAGCUUCACUCUUCACCAGGACUUGUUAGGGGGAUCAGUUUGUCUUGUUUUUUAUCUUUCUUUUAGUUUUGUUGUUACUAAAAAGCAUCAGUGUCUUCGACUUUCACUUUCUGAAAGGGAAAGCUUUUUUUUUUUUUUUUUUUUCCUUUCUAAAGUUUGUGUCCAUGAAGAGAACUAAACCGUUCACUUGAAAUCUGAAGAACUUGUUCAGGUAGCCUGACUUCACUUGAAACACGUCUGUCUCUGCGACGCUGUCAAAGCGUUAAGAUGGCUGAAGGGAGGAUUUGAUAUCUGAAGCAGUUUUGAAUGUCUUCCACUUUAAAUAUUUUAUGCCUCCUGCUAAAGUGUCUAUAGUUGUUUUGGGAGAGAGCGAGUUGUUUGACGAGCUGCCUUUAUUUUCCUGUUCUGAAGUCAGCCGUUGUUUGGCUCUCUAGCAGAGUGUUGUGCCGCAGUUGUUGGCACUUGAAGCAAAUGCUGUAAAGAUCCUUGAGAACAUAAUGUGAUAGAAACUUUUUCUUUUUAAAGUUCACUUCAUACAGCGCGCCGGAAACGGAGGCGCCUGUUGUGACAUUCACCACACGUCACUUCAGACCAAAUCUCCAGCCUCAUUUGAGUAAAUUCAGAAGCGGGUUUGCUCAGACGCUCCGCUGUACUUCAGCGUCGCCUGCAGACACUCGUCCUUGUGGUACUCUCUCGCCCUUCGGCGAAGAAAACGCCUUCUGUCGAAGCACCUGCUGCCCUUCUUCUGAAGCCCCGGUUUCUCUGGGAGGCCGUCAGGUCCCAGCUACAUUUAGUGGUUCUUGACUGACCGCUUCUCGUGCCUCAGCAAUAACAACUCCAUCAGCACAUCUGGAAACACCUGGCCGCUGGAAGAUUCCGUUCCGCUGAUGACAUUUUUAUGCUGGGUUUUUGCUCCACGGCGUAGGACUGAGUUUUACUUGAAGAACCGUACCUCUUUAGCGUUACUCGUCUGUGUGUAAAAAAAAAAAA